AUGCAACGAAUGCUGUCGAUCACGAGGGUAAAGCACAUUGGACAGAGUGAUAGGAGUUUACACAAAGGGAAAGACAACAAGUCUGGACCUUUGGAUCAAACUCCAACAUCGCCUGUAUCUACCGUUGAUUCGAUCUCGCCACCAUCACCAUUAGAGGCAUGGGGUACCUUUGAGUCACCCCCAGCGCCACCUCCUUCCCCGGUUAUUCGAGCUGCGUCUCACUCUCCAUCAAGUAUCCGACCAACACUCAAAAUUGACGCCGAACAAACAUCCCCAAUGCCAUCACCUUCUUCGAGUCCAACCUCAUCGAGACGGUACACUGGAGGUCUCACAUAUCGUCUAAAGCACUUAGUGUCCAAGGAAAAACGUCGGUUCUCCUCCGACGGCUUCGACUUGGACUUGACGUACGUCACCCAGCGUCUUGUUGCUUUGGGUUAUCCGGCGGAGAUGAUCGAGGGCAUCUAUAGGAACCACUAUCGCGACGUCUUUCGCUUCUUCGAACAGCGUCAUCCUGGACGAUACCGCGUAUACAACCUAUGCGUGGAGCGCCGCUACGCACCCGAUGAGAAAUUCCACGGACGUGUAGCCGAGUAUGGCUUCGAAGACCACUGUCCACCACCGUUGUCGUUGCUGCUCCCGUUCUGUCGCGACGUGCAUGUUUGGUUGACGACAAACCCCGAAAAUAUCGUGGCGGUGCAUUGCAAAGCUGGCAAAGGCCGAACGGGUGUCAUGCUGUGCGCCUACAUGUUGUACGCCCGGAUAUGGCGUUCCGCUCACGGAGCACUCGAGUAUUUUGCUGCUGCACGCUCGAAGAAAUUGCAAGGCGUAACAAUUCGGAGCCAACGGCGGUUCGUUGGCUACUUUAGCGAACUUUGUCGUCGCUCAGAAAGUGCCGAUGACCUCGAAGAACUCGGAUCGUACGAGGACGAAGAAGCUCGUGAGCGAGCGAUGACAUUGGCAGACUAUCAUACGCAAUGGCUGCAAGAGACUCAAGCAUUACUGGAGGCUACGUCACCACGAGAGACAAUUGGAUCUAAGCUACGACCGCACGCCGAGCCUGUGCUGCCUGCUCGUGUCAACCUCGUGUUAGUUGCGGUCGUGCUGUGCGGCGUUACUGGUCAUAAGAAAACGAAUGCUAGUGCUGCCGAGUGGCGCGUUCGAGUGGAGUGUGGAGCUCUUCGGCCCCGUACUGCGGUCUACGACCUGAUCGGCAGCUUCCAGCGUCAACUACGCCCCUGCAUUGACGGUGACAAUGGCAAAGAGGUCUUAGAACUGGAAAUGCGGUGCAACCCGGUGCUCGUUUGGGAUGAGGUCAGGGUGGAACUCCGACGACGAUCCGGUAGCGCGUUGGGGCACUUUUGGUUCCACACCGCGUUCAUUCCUCAAGUAGAUGGUCAUUUUGAGCUGAUGCUGGAGAAGAGCGAGAUUGACAAGAUUGCAAAGGAUGCCAAGCACGGACACAAGAAGUUCGCACCAGAGUUUGCAGUGCGUCUGCGCUUUGAGUUGGCAAAGGAGCAAGUCGUGGCAAAGUCGGAUACAUAGCGUAACGAAGGAAGUAGGCAUUGCGUAAGUGAUUGCAAAUGAGCUAAAGUGUCGUGGUGCAUCGGAUUCAACCACAGAUCGCCGAUGUCCCCCUGAGCGUGCCGGGCUCUAUGAUAGAGCGACAAGGGACACCGCACCACAGAGGCUCUAUGCCAUAGACUAUGGCGCGUAUCGGACUCGUUUGAUAACGACUGAUGUGGUGUCAAUGACGCCACCAUCAGGCAAUCGCGCCGAGACAAACCAACGAGUUCCUUAUAAGAGCGUCUUUGCCAGCUUUUUUACCUCGCAGA